AUGGAGUGUGUGACGUCCCUGGCAGGCUUCCAAAUAGGGGCUAGCUGUCCCAUCUGUCUGGACUACUUGAAAGACCCGUGUGGGCAUAACUUCUGUCUCUCUUGAGUCAGUCUGUCCUGGAAGGAUCUAAAUGAUACUUUACCCUGUCCAUUUUGCCAUUAUUGUUCUCCAGGAAGGAAAUUCAUAAGCAAUCCCAAGCUGGGCAAUUUGAUGGAAAUCGCUAAGCUACUACAAAUAAGAAGAAGCCAGAGGAAGAAGAAGGAAGAGAAGCUCGUAUGUGAAAAGCAUAAUUGAGUGUUGGCCUUCUUCUGUCAGAAGGACUGGAAAGUUUGUCCACAGUGUAGUUUCUCCACUGAUCACUGGAAUCACUGCAUUUGACCCAGAGAGAAGGCUGUUCCCCAUCACAGGAAAAGAUUGGAGAAUUGCACUGAACCAUGGAAGGAGAGAGUGGAACAAGUAGAAAAGGGGAUAACUGUGCAAACCAGAAAAUCAUUGGAACUGAAGAAGAAAUAAAGUCUGAGUUCGAGCAACUUACGUGGUUUCUCAAAAAUGAGCAAGACUGUUCUUUGGCAAUGACAAGAUGAGGAAAUGGAUAUUUUAAUGAAACGAAAUGAAAACCUAACAUUUUAAAAGCAUCUUUCCACAUUAAAACAUCUAUUAAAGGAGAUAGAGGGAAGAUAUGCAAGGUGAAAAUUGGAAUUACUGACAGAUGUUAAAACUAUCUACCAUAGAUAUAAAACCUUAAAGUCCCCUGAACCUCUUUCAUGACAAUUAAAGGAAUAUGGCAAGAAGGAGAAGGAGGUG